UCUGAACUGGGAAAGUCCAACUGUAGCAGCAGCUCUCUCGUCUCUUUGUCGGGUGGUACAGUACAGCUCUGCUCCCCGCCUGCCCGCCCGCCCGUUCCCCCGGCGCUGGUGUGUGCUCCGCUGCUCUGCUUACACAAUAACUGUGCAUCGAUUGGGUCCAGCGAGAAGAGGAAGCAGCAGGACUAACUCGAACGCUCGUUCGACGGAAAGGAAGGAACACAUAAUAGCCUAGCCGUAGCAAAGCGACCGUGUGUGAUCAGUAUUCGUUGUCCCGUUCCAACGCGAUUCGGUUCUAGUGCUGAAAACAAGUUCAAUACUGCUGCUAACGGGGUAGUUUUCUGCGAAAGCCCCCAAAACAGAAUUCGCAACGCCAAGCGCAAAAAUUGUGUAAUAGCACCCGAACGUGUAAAAGUUGCUUUGUUUUAUCUUAUUUUAUUCCGUUGUUACUUGUUCAUCGUGUUUUAUAUUUGCACACGCCGUCUACGUUUGCAUUUUCGUUUAUUCAUCGUUUCACUGUCUUGCCUCUAAUAAGUUUAAACAAGAGUCCACAGACAUUAUGAGUGCUCAGCAUGGGAGAGCGGACUCCUAUCGAGUCGCCACGGUUAUAGCCACCGAUGACGACAAUCGCACAGCCGAUGGUCACUACAAGUCAAGACGCAAGAUGCCGGCCAAAGCAGCUAAGAAAGAGAAUUUGGAUGAUCUCAAACAGGAGUUGGAUAUCGACCAUCAUAAAAUCUCUCCUGAGGAAUUGUAUCAGCGCUUUCAGACACAUCCCGAGAAUGGUCUAAGUCACGCCAAGGCCAAGGAGAACUUGGAGCGCGAUGGUCCCAAUGCGCUGACGCCACCAAAGCAGACACCCGAGUGGGUGAAGUUCUGUAAGAAUCUGUUCGGUGGCUUCGCCAUGUUGCUGUGGAUCGGUGCUAUUCUCUGCUUCGUGGCCUAUUCGAUCCAGGCCAGCACCAGCGAGGAGCCGGCCGACGAUAAUUUGUAUCUGGGUAUUGUACUUUCCGCUGUCGUCAUUGUGACGGGCAUUUUCUCAUACUAUCAGGAAUCGAAAAGUUCAAAGAUCAUGGAAUCGUUCAAGAACAUGGUACCCCAGUUCGCCACCGUCAUCCGCGAGGGCGAGAAACUCACGCUGCGCGCUGAGGAUCUCGUUCUGGGCGAUGUCGUUGAGGUGAAGUUCGGCGACCGUAUCCCCGCUGAUAUCCGCAUUAUCGAGGCGCGCACCUUCAAGGUGGACAACUCGUCGCUGACCGGCGAGUCGGAGCCGCAGUCCCGUGGCGCCGAGUUCACCCAUGAGAAUCCUCUGGAGACCAAGAAUCUGGCCUUCUUCUCCACCAACGCCGUCGAGGGCACUGCCAAGGGUGUGGUCAUUAGCUGCGGCGACCACACUGUCAUGGGUCGCAUUGCUGGCCUCGCCUCCGGUCUGGACACCGGCGAGACGCCCAUUGCUAAGGAAAUUCAUCAUUUCAUCCAUCUGAUUACCGGCGUGGCCGUGUUCCUGGGCGUCACCUUCUUCGUGAUUGCCUUCAUUUUGGGCUACCACUGGCUGGACGCCGUCAUCUUCCUGAUCGGCAUCAUCGUCGCCAACGUGCCCGAAGGUCUGCUGGCCACUGUCACCGUGUGCCUGACCCUCACCGCCAAGCGCAUGGCAUCCAAGAACUGCCUGGUAAAGAAUCUGGAGGCCGUGGAAACCCUUGGCUCCACCUCGACCAUCUGCUCCGAUAAGACCGGCACCCUCACCCAGAACCGAAUGACGGUUGCUCACAUGUGGUUCGAUAACCAAAUCAUCGAAGCCGACACCACCGAGGAUCAGUCGGGUGUUCAAUACGAUAGAACCAGCCCUGGAUUCAAGGCGCUCUCUCGCAUUGCCACUCUCUGUAACCGUGCCGAGUUCAAGGGCGGCCAGGACGGUGUGCCCAUUCUCAAGAAGGAGGUUAGCGGAGAUGCCUCCGAGGCUGCUCUGCUCAAGUGCAUGGAACUGGCUCUGGGCGACGUUAUGAAUAUUCGCAAGCGUAACCGCAAGAUUGCUGAGGUGCCAUUCAACUCCACCAACAAAUACCAAGUAUCCAUCCAUGAGACCGAUGACUCCAACGAUCCCCGCUUCCUGCUCGUCAUGAAGGGAGCCCCCGAGCGCAUCCUGGAGCGCUGCUCCACCAUCUUCAUCAACGGCAAGGAGAAGGUCCUGGACGAGGAGAUGAAGGAGGCGUUCAACAAUGCCUACAUGGAACUCGGAGGUCUGGGUGAGCGUGUGCUCGGCUUCUGCGACUUUAUGCUGCCCUCCGACAAGUAUCCCUCCGGUUUCAAGUUCAACACCGACGACAUUAACUUCCCCAUCGAUAACCUGCGCUUCGUCGGCCUCAUGUCCAUGAUUGAUCCUCCCCGUGCCGCCGUGCCCGAUGCUGUGGCCAAGUGCCGCUCGGCCGGUAUCAAGGUCAUCAUGGUUACCGGCGAUCACCCGAUCACUGCCAAGGCCAUUGCCAAGUCCGUCGGCAUCAUCUCCGAGGGCAACGAGACCGUCGAGGACAUUGCCCAGCGCCUGAAUAUCCCCAUCUCCGAGGUGAACCCCCGCGAGGCCAAGGCCGCCGUCGUCCAUGGCGCCGAGCUGCGUGAUGUGUCCAGCGACCAGCUGGAUGAGAUCCUGCGUUACCACACCGAAAUCGUCUUUGCCCGUACCUCGCCCCAACAGAAGCUGAUCAUUGUCGAGGGUUGCCAGCGCAUGGGUGCCAUUGUGGCCGUGACUGGUGAUGGUGUCAACGAUUCUCCGGCUCUGAAGAAGGCUGAUAUUGGUGUUGCCAUGGGUAUCGCCGGCUCCGAUGUGUCCAAGCAGGCUGCUGACAUGAUUCUGUUGGACGAUAACUUCGCCUCCAUUGUGACUGGUGUGGAGGAGGGUCGCCUGAUCUUCGAUAACCUGAAGAAAUCCAUUGCUUACACCCUGACCUCCAACAUUCCCGAAAUCUCGCCCUUCCUGGCUUUCAUCCUCUGCGACAUACCACUGCCACUGGGAACCGUCACGAUUCUGUGCAUCGAUCUGGGAACUGACAUGGUGCCAGCCAUUUCAUUGGCCUACGAACAUGCCGAAGCCGAUAUUAUGAAGCGUCCGCCACGUGACCCCUUCAACGAUAAAUUAGUGAAUUCAAGGUUGAUUUCGAUGGCCUACGGACAGAUCGGUAUGAUUCAAGCUGCCGCCGGCUUCUUUGUGUACUUCGUCAUCAUGGCUGAGAACGGCUUCUUGCCCAAGAAACUGUUUGGCAUUCGUAAGAUGUGGGACUCGAAGGCCGUCAACGAUCUAACUGACUCCUAUGGACAGGAAUGGACCUACCGUGACCGCAAGACCCUGGAGUACACCUGCCACACGGCCUUCUUCAUCUCGAUUGUGGUUGUGCAGUGGGCUGAUCUGAUUAUCUGCAAGACGCGCCGCAACUCCAUCUUCCAGCAGGGCAUGCGUAACUGGGCUUUGAACUUUGGCCUCAUUUUCGAAACCGUGCUGGCCGCGUUCCUCUCGUACUGCCCGGGCAUGGAGAAGGGUCUGCGCAUGUACCCCCUGAAACUCGUCUGGUGGUUCCCGGCUAUUCCAUUUGCGCUGGCCAUCUUCAUCUAUGAUGAGACCCGUCGUUUCUACUUGCGCCGCAACCCCGGUGGCUGGUUGGAGCAGGAGACAUACUAUUAAACACCUACACUGCUACACUCCCACACUCCCAAACACACACAUGCCCACACAGACACACACACACAAACACCUAAAAAAAACAACCAUGAAGAGCAACAAAUAGUAAUGUUUAUGAA